GCGACUUUGGUCGUCAGGCAAACAUCUCACACAACGCCAAAUAUCACUGAGCAGAGAUGAGAUUUGCGAACCUGAACCGCCCCGCCUUUCCAAAGCUGAAGAACGCGGCUCUGCGGCGAGAGGCGUGGUGGCUCUCGCAGAGACCUUUGGGAGUUGUAGUCCCCAGGGGCGGGAGGUUUGACAGCGAAGGCGGACUUAACGCGCUCAGAACUCCAUCCCCCGCCGGCCCCCGCGGCUUAAACUAUUGCCUCUUCCUGUUCAGGAGAGGAGAAACCCUGCUACAGCAAGUUGAGAGGAUUUGGGAAAGGGUCUCCGACUUCUCGGAAACCGAGGGCUUGGUGGAAGCAGGACUGACUUCAUCAGUGUUUAGAGGCUAAGAAAAGUGGCAGAUAUGGAUAGUGAUUCUAAGCAUCUUCUCAUCCCAGAGGUCAAUCAUGAAAUAAUAAAUCCUGGACCUAUGAAUAUCCAGUUUGAUUCAUCAGAUCUAAGAUCCAAAAGGCCUUUCUAUAUAGAGCCCACAAACAUCGUCAAUGUGAAUGAUGUCAUUCAGAGGGUUAGCGACCAUGCCUCUGCCAUGAACAAGAGGAUUCAUUACUACAGCCGGCUCACCGCUCCUGCAGACAAGGCACUGAUUGCCCCAGAUCAUGUAGUUCCAGCUCCAGAAGAAUGCUAUGUAUAUAGUCCAUUGGGUUCUGCUUAUAAACUUCAAAGUUACACUGAAGGAUAUGGCAAAAACACCAGUUUAGUAACCAUAUUUAUGAUUUGGAAUACCAUGAUGGGAACAUCUAUAUUAAGUAUUCCUUGGGGCAUAAAACAGGCUGGCUUUACUACUGGAAUGUGUGUCAUCAUGCUGAUGGGCAUUUUAACACUUUAUUGCUGCUACAGAGUAGUGAAAUCACGAUCUAUGAUAUCAUCAGUGGAUACCAGUACCUGGGAAUAUCCAGAUGUCUGCAGAUACUAUUUUGGCUCCUUUGGACAGUGGUCAAGUCUCCUUUUCUCCUUGGUAUCUCUCAUUGGAGCAAUGAUAGUUUAUUGGGUGCUUAUGUCUAAUUUUCUUUUUAAUACUGGAAGAUUUAUUUUUAAUUUUAUUCAUCACAUUAAUGACACGGAUGCUGUACUGAGUACCAACGAUAGCAACCCUGUGAUUUGUCCAAGUGCUGGGAGUGGCGACCAUCCCAACAAUGGCUCUAUGAUUUUCUAUGCCAAUGACACAGGACUCGAACAGUUUGAAAAAUGGUGGAAUAAGUCCAAGACAGUGCCCUUUUACCUCAUAGGACUCCUCCUGCCACUGCUCAAUUUCAAAUCUCCUUCAUUUUUUUCAAAAUUUAAUAUCCUAGGCACAGUGUCCGUUCUUUAUUUGAUUUUCCUUGUCACGUUUAAGGCCAUACACUUGGGAUUUCAUUUGGAAUUUCACUGGUUUAUGCAAACAGAGUAUUUUGUACCAGAGAUAAGAUUUCAGUUUCCACAGCUGACUGGAGUGCUUACCCUUGCUUUCUUUAUUCAUAAUUGUAUUAUUACACUCUUAAAGAACAACAAGAAUCAAGAAAACAAUGUGAGGGACUUGUCCAUUGCUUAUAUGCUGGUGACAUUAACUUACCUCUAUAUUGGAGUCCUGGUUUUUGCUUCAUUUCCUUCACCGCCAUUAACCAAGGAUUGCAUAGAGCAGAAUUUUUUAGACAACUUCCCUAGCAGUGACAUCCUGUCCUUCAUUGCAAGGAUAUUCCUGCUGUUCCAGAUGAUGACUAUAUACCCACUCCUAGGCUAUUUGGCUCGUGUUCAACUAUUGGGCCAUGUCUUCGGUGACGUUUAUCCUAGCAUUUUUCAUGUGCUGACUCUUAAUCUAAUUAUUGUGGGAGCUGGAGUGAUCAUGGCCUGCUUCUACCCAAACAUAGGAGGAAUCAUAAGGUAUUCAGGAGCAGCAUGCGGCCUGGCCUUUGUAUUCAUAUAUCCAUCUCUCAUCUAUAUGAUUUCCCUCCGCCAAGAAGACCGUCUGACAUGGCCGAAGUUAAUCUUUCACAUUUUCAUCAUCAUUUUGGGCCUGGCUAACCUGAUUGUUCAGUUUUUUAUGUGAAAUACUCGAUGUCUUCUCAAGAUCUUUCAUGGCAUUUUGAACUUUGACAACAGUUCCACAUAAAUUGACUUGUAAAUGCUGUUGUUGCUGUAAUUCUAAGUGUUUUUCCUAAAAAAAAGGGAGGGGGAGGGAAUAGUGGUCCAUGAAUAAGUAAUUUUGACUAGAGAGGAGAAAGGGGCAAGAAGAAUGAUCUUUGUCUCUCUUCAUAUGCACCACCCCUUCAUUCUCAUUGUCUUUUCUGAGCAGAAGUGUAUGCCCUUAGGAAAAAUCAUGCUGGUUUUUGCUUUUUACAGAUAUAAGGUGGGUGGGUUUAUUUUGACUAGAGUAAAGAUUCUCAGGGUAUCACAGCAACUAUUGCCAGAUGCUAUUUCUGUUUUAUGUUUCAGUGUAUUCACUUUUAUUUUAUUACUUGCUAGACAAUUUCUGCAGUUUAUCCAUACAUGUACUGUUUGGGUCAGUAAACCGAAUACCUCAUUUGUAAAAAGAAAUCUCCAUGGCAUCAGUGUUAAUAGAGUGAACUCUUAACUGCAUCCUUAAUCUCUAUAUAAAGGAGAGAAAGAAAGAAUGUCGGUACAGGCUCUUUGGUUAUGAACCUUACACAAAAUAAAUGAACUGGGAGAGUUUUUUGCGUCUGACUUCU